AUGAUCAUAAACUUUGAGGACUAUUUAAGUGUCUUAGAACUUUCUUUGGAUUGUUCUUACUUUGUCAAUGAGGGUUAUUCGGAAAAGUCAAACUCAAAGCCAAGGCUGCCUGAUAAUCCCAUUAUAUUUGCAUCCGACAGCUUCUUAGAGCUAACGGAGUACAGCCGCGAAGAAAUAUUGGGAAGAAAUUGCAGAUUCCUUCAAGGACCUGAGUCUGAUCCAGCAACUGUGAAAAAAAAUAAGAGAGGCAAAAAGUUCUGGAAUGUCUUUCAUCUGCAGCCUAUGCUUGAUCAAAAGGGAGAAGUACAAUAUUUUAUUGGAGUACAACUUGAUGGCAGUCAGCACAUUGAGCCUCUGCAUAACUCUAUUCCUGAAGUUACAGUAAAAGAGAGUGAAAAACUGGUCAAAGAGACUGCAGUUAAUGUUGAUGAGGCAGCAAGAGAACUUCCAGAUGCCAAUAUGAAACCAGAAGAUUUAUGGAUGAAUCAUUCGAAGGUCGUUCAUCCAAAGCCUCAUAGACGGGACAGCCCCCCUUGGAGAGCUAUUCAAAAGAUUCUAGACAGUGGAGAACAUAUAGGAUUGAAGCAUUUUAAGCCUAUAAAGCCCUUGGGAUCUGGUGAUACUGGCAGUGUGCAUUUGGUCCAAUUGUGUGGAACUGAUCAGUACUACCCAUGAAGGCUAUGGAUAAGGGUAUCAUGCUCAAUAGGAACAAGGUAUUGGAUAGUUUGCUGACCAUUAAGUGCAAAUCAAUUUGUUUCAGUGGGAGAAAAAAGGAAAGCAGCAUAUACCCAGCAGCAUAUUGAUGAAGUCAAAAACGAGUGGGCAAAAUUUGUUGUUAAAACAUAUAUGUAAACUUGUGGUUGGUGAUCGACUUAUUUUGGUAACCUUGAUUUUACAAGAUAUAUAGACAAUAUUAUUUUUACUUGCUAGAUUG